AGACAACUUUGAGAUCACUCACAGCAGCGUGGUCUUGUACUUUUUCUCUUCGGCAUGUGGCAGAUUUAAACCAUUCAGAGGAGGCCUUUGUGGAUAAAGGUAAUCCUGAAACAGACUCUGCGUUUUUUUUUUUCCUUCUGCUGUUGGUGUUUGGGGUUGAGAACUUGUUGGAGCAGGUUUUCUUUCUUGUCAGCAUCAGCACCGAAGUCGUCUUGUCAUUCAACACCACGAGUCCCAGCUGAGUCUGCAUUCAAAGUGCGAGACAGGAAAAGACAUGAGGGUGCAAACUUUCCCAAGAGCACAGAUUCUGCAGGAAUUUCAUUUUCGAUGCCAGGAGCUUGCAGCCAAUGACAACAGAGGUUUCAAACAGGAGUUUGAGGAGCUAAAUGAUGUUGGAAAAGACCUGCCCGCCACAGUGGGGGACUCGGAGGUCAACAGGGAAAAGAACAGAUACCCCUACAUACUGCCAUACGACCACUGUCGGGUGAGGCUGUCCAUCCAGAGCGUGCAUCCACACACUGACUACAUCAACGCAAAUUUUGUGCCUGGUGGAGGAUCGGAAAGAGACUUCAUCUGCACUCAGGGUCCUUUGCGCAACACCAUGGCUGACUUCUGGAGGAUGGUGUGGGAGCAAAACGUCAGGAUAAUCAUCAUGGUGACAGCUCUGAGGCACAAGGACAUAGUGCUGUGUGAAAAGUACUGGCCUCUUGAACGAGGGACAGUUCAUCACGGACUGAUCCAAGUGACAACAGUGAGCCGUAAACAAGGUCCAGAUUAUUUUAUCACCACUAUUAACCUCAGACAGAGACACUGUCCAUCGGACAGGACAAUCACACACUACUACUACCCUUCCUGGCCAGAUCGGGGUGUCCCUAAAGACCCAUCCUCACUCUGUGUCUUCACUGAGCAUGUGCGGCAGAAUUUGGAAGCCAUUCCCCGCCUGGGGCCAGCUGUGGUGCACUGCAGUGCAGGAGUCGGGCGUUCGGGAACAUUUGUGACUUUGUUGUGGCUGAUGCAGCUGUGUGCCAGGGGCAUCCGGCCUAAUAUCCGGGCAGCUGUAGAGGAUCUGCGGCUACAUCGAAUGUGGAUGGUCCAGAAUCUGGAGCAGUAUAUAUUUGUUCAUCAGUGUCUGCUACACUGGCUUAGCGGAGGAACCCCAGCAUGCCAACAAACUCGCAGAAGAAGUUCAACUAGUAACCACGGCAUUCAAGAUCAACCCCACAGCUCCUCAGCAUGGGGAGACCAGGCAGGGAGGAGACGUCACCAUCAACCACAGAACACCGUGCAGCAGAUUUUCCACCCUGGGAACCUACUGAGGAGGCUGCUGCCUUCCUCGUCACUGUUUAAUUCAUCAUCACACACCUCCUGAGAAGCUCAGUAUUGCUGAGUAUUUAAAAAAAAAAAGUCCUCAUACAGUAUCUAAGGAGAAAGAACCAACGUCACGUGCCGUAUGACAACAAGCCCUGCAGGUGUGAAACUGUCCUGACAACAUGCAAAUAAGUGCUGAAAAAGAAACACCAGACGCUGCAGUUAAUAUUGUCACUGGAAGGGGAAAAUCAAGGAAAGAACCUGUUGUUCAAGUCAAACCUGUUCCUCUCUGAACCACUCACCAUGAUAUUCAUGAGAACAAUGAGGAGGCUGCAGCCUGUGCAUGCAGUUACAUACUGAGGGCAAUACUCGGUCAGGUCACCUACAGCAGAGAACUCUUCGUGUUAACCUCAACUGUGUACAGCUACCAAAUAUGUUUUUGUAACUUUGCUUGCCUCCAUUACUGAUGUAUCGUAUUGUCAGAUGACUUUUAUUUAGGAUUUUUUUUUGUCUUUGCUGUCGUUUUUGGAAAAAAAAAACAAAAAACAAAACACUGCAUCAUUUUAUAUCACACAGUGCAGGUUUUCGUGUGCAGAAUUGAUAGCAGACUUGCUAGAAAGGCAGACACAUGGUUUAGUGGCUGUACAAAAAAGGUCAUGUUUCAAAAACACACAGGCACUGCCAUUCUCCUUAGAUGACUGAAACCCAUUACAGUACAUGAAGGAGCUAUGAGUAUUAUACAUUAUAGAACAUAAAGGGCUAACCCACUUUUUCUUUUAGAGUCUUUCUUCUGUCAUGUAAUAAACACGUAUGAUACAACAGA